UCAUAUGAUCCUAUCAAUGAUCAAGAAAAUGAAGAUAUACACUCCCAAUUAGAACAAUCAAAUGUUGAAGAUGAAACAUUCAAUCAACAUAUGCCUUCACAUCUGUCCUCUACACCUGAGUCUCAUCAGGCUUCAGCACUAUCUCGGUAUAUCCGACCCUCAGAAAUGACUGAUAAUGAGCUACGCCAUUCUGUGAGAUCUUUGAAUAACAGACAGAGAUAUACAUUUAACCAUGUUCUAACCUGGUGUAGAAAUAAAGUCAAAAACAUCAAUUGUAUCAAACCACAAAAAAUUGAUGGAAUUUACAUUUUCCUUACUGGUGGAGGUGGAGCUGGCAAGAGCCACUUGAUUAAAACAAUAUAUCAUACUGUAACAAAAACAUUUAGACAUGUUGCUGUUAAUCCUGAAUUGCCAUCAGUACUAUUAAUGGCCCCAACAGGUGUUGCUGCAAUAAAUAUUCAUGGAACUACUGUUAAUACAGCUUUAGGUAUACCAAAAGAAGCCGGUUCUACUUUAAARCCMCUYUCAGACCAAAACMGAACACAAUUGAGACUCUUCUUAUCUGAACUGAGACUCAUAAUAGUAGAUGAGAUUUCUAUGGUUGGCAAUACCACACUACUACAUAUCCAUCAAAGAUUAAAAGAAAUAUUUGCUACACCUGCYUCUAAACUAUUUGCUGGAAUAAGUAUAAUUGCAGGUGGYGAUUUCUAUCAACUUCCACCAAUAAGAAAAAAACCAGUAUUUGAAAAUUUCCACAAUGAAACAUUUAACCUGUGUCAUCCMUGGCAUCUUUUUAGAAUGACAGAGCUKAUUGAUAACAUGCGCUCRAAAGAUGACCAACCAUUUGUUGAAAUGCUAAACAGAUUUCGUACAGCUAAUCAAACUGAAGAASACAUUAAGCAGAUACAAUCGAGAUCAAUAGACCCAGAGAAUGAAAACUAUCCAUCAGAUGCCAUACAUAUUUAUGCUGAAAAUAGACCAGUUGAUGAGCACAACAAUAMAAAAUUAGCUGAAUUACCUGGAACAAUGUUUCUUCUAAGAGCAACAGAUCAGUAUCCUCCACAUGUCUCUCAAACAGACAUUGAUAAAGUAUUAUUGAGAGGUCGUUCUGAAACUGGUGGACUAGAUUAUGAUAUACAUGUCAAAGAAGGUGCAAGAGUUAUGCUAACAAGCAAUAUCGAUAUUGCRGAUAGACUCAUUAAUGGCCAAAUAGGUACUAUCAUUAAGAUCCAAGUUAAUCAAAACACACAAAAACCAAGUGUUAUUUAUAUUAAAUUUGAUGAUGAUCAAGCUGGCAAAAAUGUAAUUGCUAAAUCUACAAACCAAUUUGUUAAAGAAAACAAUGUAGUUCCCAUUGAGCCAAUUCUUGCUAAAAUUAAAAUAAGGCCUGGAAAACCAUCUUCACCAGAAAUUCAAAGGCUCCAAUUUCCAGUUACAUUGGCCUAUGCAGUUACUAUACAUAAAAUUCAGGGUCUCAGUUUAGACAAGGUUGUAAUUAGCUUCGAGCUUAUAAGACAAAGGUCAUUUAACUACGGACAAGUAUAUGUUGCUUUAAGUCGAUCACGUUCCAUGAAUGGUUUGUACACUUUAGGACAAAUAGAAGCUAAACAUGUUAAAGCAGACCCAAGAGUACAUAAGGAAUAUCAGAGAUUAAGAGACACAUCACCACUUGAACCACCUAAAGCUUCCCAAGAAAACACUCAAAAGUUAACUGUUUGUCUUCUAAAUGUCAGGUCCUUACAAAAGCACAGCAUUGAUGWGAAACAUGAUGCAAAUCUUUUUGAUAYAGAUAUGAUAUGCUUUACAGAAACACAACUUUUACCUAGCAGCAAUGAUACUGAUAUAAAAAAAAAUCUUCACCCCUUUACAUUACUCAGGCAAGAUCAUAUUACAGAUAAGUAUUGCAGUUUAGCAUUAUGUUCAAAACCCAAUCUAGAAAUCACAGAAUAUCACUACAUUCCUGAAAUAAAUGCAAUAACAUUUUCUGUUGUUAAAGCAUAUUGUAGCACACAAAUAAAUAUUCUUUUACUAUAUCGCAAGAAUGGUUGCAACAUUUCUCAAUUUAUACGAAAUCUUCAAAAUAUUUUAAACACGCAUAAUAUUGACAUAAUUUUUGGAGACUUCAAUAUGAACUUCCUUGCAGAUAAUGAUGUCCAAGCACUCAGUACUAUCAUAAAACAAUUAAGCUAUACACAAACAGUUCAGGGCCCUACAUUUAUAUCAGGAAGUUUACUAGACCAUGUUUAUAUAAGAAACAAUACAAUGAACUUAUUUAUAAGUGAUAUUCGUACAUCAAUACUUCCAGUAUACUACUCCGAUCAUGAAGCAAUUAAAAUAUCAUUGACUUUCAAAUGAAUUUAGUAACAUUUUCCCAUUGCGAAUUUUUAUAGCUAAUCAAGGACAAUAGUAUAAUAAAGACAAACAGUAGCCUUGUACUAUAAAAUUUGAUUAUUCUCAAACUUGUGUAAUUAAUACUAUUCAAAAAUAUUAAAUCAAUUUUCUAUAGAAAAUAAUUAUGUUCUAA